UACGGUUUUCUCAACAAAUGGGAUGACGUGGCAGCACAGGCAAGAAUACACGAAUUGGUCGAUGCCGAUCCUGUAUCAGGAAGACACUGACCUCAUGGCCAUGGAAAAACCUGCCCACUGGUGGUGUCAUCUCUCGGGGCUACUCAGACUCUCUCGCCGAAUGUUCUCCUGCACAACGAGACAAACAGCUGUGUUAAAUGUCUCCAACACCCAGCGGUGAAUGCUUACGAUAAUCUGGGCAAUCUCUUGCGAGUGGGCAACUUGAUACGCUGUGCUCUCGUCCGGCAAAGGAAGUGGACUCAUUCGAUGGCCGGUCCUGCUUGUUGGCGCUUCAGCGCUUUGCGAUUGCUCGACAUCUGUAGCUGGCGCCUCUACUAUAGGGGCGGCAGCUGAUGUCUCCUCUUCCGUCGGAACGCUGCCAGCAUCCGACUCUCGCCGAUGUGCGGCGUGACAGGUGCUGUGAAUCAGAGUGGGGAUCGACUGCUGAGCGGCCGCAUAAGUCGCCAAGUCAGAUGCAUCCUUGAACGGAGUUGUUGUCGUCAGCAGCCGCGACUGCUGCGCCUGGGACGCUGCUGCGGCGGCCGCCGACGGAUGGCCUCUCCUCUCGGGCACAGGUGGCAGCAGGCCAGGCUGCCCUGCAUGGCCCCGUGCUGCGUCAUCGUCGUGCGCCACGUCCUCGGAGAUGGACCACUCAUCUUGAAUGACGCACUCCUCUCGCCUCUUUCUCCUUCUCGCCCCUCGUGUGCCGGGUGGGGCCAGCGACUGGCUGGGGGUAAUGCUUUUCGUUCCUGAUAUACUCUUCGAUAGACUCUUGGAUAGGCUCUUGCUGCCUUGGCGAAACGAGCGCAUGACGGGAUGGUCGAUGAUGACCUGUGUACGCGAGACGGAGCGUGAGACAUCCCCCUCCUCUUUCGGCUUCGAUCGGCUGCCUUGCCGUGAGGCGAGAGGGUGGUCGCGUGCAGUUGAGGCAUGGGAAUGCGCGCUGCGCUUGCGAUUCUGAUAUACAACACAUGCAGCACAAACGCUUAAUCGAUGUGUUGAGACACAUGCUUUCACACAUCGUUACCAGAACAUAUGGAAGAAUUGGCUCGUCAUAUUCGUCCGGGUCUCUGCAUACACACGCACUCAUGUCAUGCGGUUGCCGACUGCUCCCCCCGGCAUGAAUGGCUUACUCUGCUGCCAGCCUCCGUUGCCUCUCAAGCUCAAGGUCCUUCAGCCGGCCCCACAAAUCGACCAUCAUAGCACUGAGAAGACAUGAGACCGCAAAAAACCGUCGUGCGUCUACGGGGUCUUUCGGCAGAUCUCUUACAUGAAGAGAUUGACCAUGGCCAGCGCCAGCAUAAUCAUCGCCAGCACAAACAAGGCAGGGCCCAUGAACUGAUUUGAAUCGUGCAACGGAUCGUAGUCAAAAUCGCCUGAAGGGAAAGUGCAUGCUCAAACGUAUUCUGCCUCCUCUCUUUGCCUCUCUUUGCAGAUUGUCCCCACCAAAGGUGAGCCUGACAAGCGAUACAAGUGAGCGCCCAAGUGAGCGGAACCCCUCGACGUUGGCCCCGAAUGCCGUGUGAAACAGCAUGGCGAAUAGCAGAAGAACCUGCGAUAGAAAGAGAAACAUCGUAUGACUGUGGCAGUGUACCAGCGCGAUAUUGCUGACCAUGAUCCCGAAGAGAAUGAAUGUGACCAUCGUGGGAACCAUGGCGAAGACUGUCUCACUGAGGGUAGCCAUCUCGUAGUUCCAACCUUGGACAUACCUGGGAGAGGACAUGAGGCACGGGCAUGCCAGGACUUUGGGUGAGUUGCUUUGUUGUGCAUAUGUCUCUUUCCACCUGAGUGCCCGCAGGACUCUGAAACACUGUAGCAGAGGCACACAGAGGCAAUAGUUGGCCGUGAUCAUGCAGUAAGUAGGAGUCCUUAGGUUAUAAUAUUUGCUCGAAGGGCCGAUCUGACCGAGCAGGAGGCAAUGGGUUGGCUAUGGCAUCGCAUGAAAGGAUGGACUAACCUCCACGUGCUUUUGCCUGAAGACGUUUUCCGCGUAUGUCCGCAUACAGAAGAAGGCGAUGAGGGACACGAAGGAGAGAAGGUCAACAACGAACCUGUCACUCACGCAACAGGGAUGAUGAAGAGCAGCUAUAGAAUGCAAGCUCGUGUCGCUCUAACCAGGGGUCACAGCGACAUGUGCAUACUGUCCGCAGGCCCUUCGUCAGCCCCAUCUGAAAGUACGCAAAACAAAGAUGCGUCCUUCGCCAGCCCAUUCGCCGUCCCCUGUGUCGUGAGUACUUUCUGUUUGUUCAGUUUGUGGUGUUUGAAAGGAUGGUCAGCAUCCACCUCACUGGUCGAGUUGCCGCGAUGGAUCUCAAGCAUCACGCUGACCAACAAAAAGCACAAACAAGGACACACAUGAGACUGCAGGCGGCCUAUCUCCGUGUGUGUCCUUACUGUGUCUACCUUUGUUUACCUGUACCUUCUGUAGGCGCCCUCCUUGCUGGUGAGGAUCUGUAUGGAGCAGUAGUUGAAUAUAUAGUGGAGCAUGUGGAGGGCGAGGAUGAUCAGAAUGACGAGCUGCCCGAUGAACACAGCCAUGUCGAGGCCGCUGCCCGUUAUGCUGCGCGUGAACCGGUGCACCUCCAUAUGCGAAUCGAACUCAAACCCUGAAGGACAACAGAGGCGCUCACUGAGUGUGACACAUGAAUGGGAUGAGCACUGUUGACCUCCAUAUCCAGAAAUCUCCCACGUAUAUCGAUUGAUAGCGAAGAGAUUGCUAUUGGGAUUAUAGAGUGUCACGUCGUAAGUCACCUGGGCGGGACAUGAGGCAGAGACAAGGGAUGGAUAGAGUGGCGGUGUCGACUUCGUGCUUUUUUUACCAAUCUUGUGGUGUUAAGGCGGAUCCAAUUGGCUUCUUGAAGUAUCUCAACGGUCUCGAAGCACUUCUGGACAGCAAAGCAAGCACACAGGGUGACAGCUUAACGAUGCAAGUGUACUUCUCUCUGUCCGUACCUGCACAUCUGAGAGGUCAAAAUCGACGAUGAGUCCGCUCGCUGCGCAGAAAAAGAAACACAGACACCAGUCGGUAUUGAAGUCGCUUUUCCACUGGGGGGCCCUUACAUGGAUAUCGGAUGUCGAACAGUCCGAAGUAGCCCUGGACUUCAUUUGAGUUCCUCUCGACCCACCGCUCGUUGACGGCCUCACCGACAACCAAAGCUGCAUUUCAUAUUGUUGCGAGGAGAGGAGGAGGCAAAGUUUGAGAGACAGAAGAUGCCGCCAUAUGACAAGCAAGAAUGAGAGGCACAACAAGGUGUCUCUGUCUUGUAUUCCAUAUCCCUUCGUACAGCUGUUGUAUCUUGCGUCUCUCGCCUCUGUCUUGGGAUAACAUUGCCGUAUUAGUUUCUCGCGGCCCUCAUACUUACUAAACAUAGGGAAAUGGGUCUCUUAUUGAUGCAAGCAGUAGUUCCUGGGUUUUACUCACGUGAAAACGAGCCCGUAGUCGUCGAGGUCGCAGUCCUUCACCUGCACACGAAGCUGUCUCAGCCGAAAAGCACCCACAGGGAACAGCACACCUGUACGUAAAGCAAAUGGAUGUCAGUCGAGCAGUCAGUGAAGCCUUUUGUUUGGUGCCUGUUGUGACCUCUGUAUCUCCUUAGUUCGACAAAGCUUCGGUUGAACCACUCCCAGAAAUGAUCCUCAUUCUCUGUGAUCUUGAAAGCCAUCCGCUCGAGGCCUUCCUCUCCGUAAGAAGGAAAUAUGUUUUCCAAGGCAUAGCGGAUGAAGAAUGCGUUGCUGCCGGCCCUGCCCCUCCCCAGCGAGUAGAAGAUGGUGAGUGGCACCAAGAUGGCAGAAAAGAUGAUAAGACAGAAGUUGAUGUGCUUGUUAUUGAUGAAGUUGAUGCCUGACGCGCAUCUGAUCAGCAUCAUCUGAGCAGUGGUUUGACGGUACAGGACCGGCUGAGAUGUAAUCGACACUGCUGAUACGGAUCCCCUCGGCUUCGAAGAACCCGACGACCGGCGCCUUCCGAGUUGAUCGGAGAGCAGCUUUCCCAGGCCCGUUGAGUAGCCCCUGCUCCCCCUUCUUGGUCUCGUGACGUCGUCGUCUGCGAACUGGAUCUCAUGGUGGUCUUCGGGCUGGAAUGUGAAGAUGCUGUCCCUUUUGUCGCUGCUUGCGACGUGAGUGCUGAGCAGUGACGGCCGCCCUCGGCUAUGAUCAGGGUGGUCGACGUCGUCCACCUCCUUGCUUACGCUGUUGUCUGCCAUGAAGUCGUACCCCAGAAGGAGAGUUCCGAAGGGCAAGUAUUUU